AUGGAAGCGGAGUUCUCUGAGGAAGAAGGGUCUCCUUUGGAGGAAGAGCAGAAGGCGCAGGCCCAGGAGCGUGCCCAAGAGGCCCUCUCACACGGAAAUGGUGAGGAGUCAGUUGGGAAAUUUCAGGGAUUGUCACAGAAAACAGCCAAGAAUGAAAAGGCCAAAGGAAACUUCAGGAAUAAAGAAGGACCACAGAAGCAGGAAGGAAGCCAUGGAGUGAAGAGGAUGGUGAAGUCCAUUCCUUGCCAAGGAGGGGGCUUCAGUGAAAUCCCACCCCAUAGCCGUCACCAGUGGACUCCUUCAGGAGUAAAGCCAUUCAUUUACUCUAAAAGUGGAAAGACAUUCUCCAUUGGGAGAAAGGGUAACGUUUGUUUUCCAAAGCACAGUAUAAUGAACGCAUGGAAAUGCAGUUAUUGUAGAAAGUGCUUCAGAUACAGACCACAGCUCCUUGUACACCAAAAAAUACACAGAGCACAGAAGCGUUUUGAAUGCUCAGAGUGUGGGAAAAGAUUCAGUCAGAGUGGCAAUCUUCAACAGCAUCAGAGAACCCACACAGGGGAGAAACCUUUUGAAUGCUCAGAGUGUGGGAAAAGAUUCAGUCAGAGUGGCAAUCUUCAACAGCAUCAAAGAAUCCACACAGGGGAGAAACCUUUUGAAUGCUCGGAGUGUGGAAAGAGAUUCAGCCGGAAUGACUGUUUGCAGAAGCAUCUUAAAAUCCACACAGGAGAAAAACCUUUUGAAUGCUCAGAGUGUGGAAAGAAAUUCAGUCAGAGUGGCACUCUUAAGCUGCAUCAAAGAAUCCACACAGGGGAGAAACUUUUUGAAUGCUCAGAGUGUGGAAAGAGAUUCAAUCAGAGUGGCGGUCUUCAGUAUCAUCAAAGAACCCACACAAGGGAGAAACCUUUUGAAUGCUCAGAGGGUGGAAAGAGAUUUAGUGUGAAUUCCAAUCUUCAAAAGCACCAAUGGACCCACAUAAGGGAGAAACCUUUUGAAUGCUCAGAGUGUGGAAAGAGAUUCAGUGCGAGAUGGACUCUUCAAAGGCAUCAUAGAACCCACAAAGGGGAGAAACCUUUUGAAUGCUCAGAGUGUAGAAAGAGAUUCAGUUGGAGUUCUAGCCUUCAGAAGCAUCAGAGAACCCACAGAGGGGAGAAACCUUUUGAAUGCUCAGAGUGUAGAAAGCGAUUCAGUUGGAGUUCUAGCCUUCAGAAGCACCAGAGAAUCCAUACAAAGGAGAAAACAUUUGAGUGCUUAGAGUGUGGAAAGAGAUUCAGUCGAAAUGACUGUCUGCAACAGCAUCUAAGAACCCACACAGGAGAUAAACCGUUCGAAUGCUUCAGGUGUGGAAAGAGAUUUCGCUGGAGUGGCCAACUUAAAACACAUCAAGGAACCCACACAGGGGAGAAACCUUUUGAAUGCUCAGAGUGUGGAAAGAAAUUCAAUCAGAGUGACCUCCUUCAACAGCAUCAAAGAACGCACACGGGGGAGAAACCUUUUGAAUGCUCAGAAUGUGGAAAAAGAUUCAGUCGGCGUGGCCAUCUUCAACAGCAUCAAAGAACCCACACAGGGGAGAAACCUUUUGAAUGCUCAGAAUGUGGGAAAAGAUUCAGUAAGAGUGGCCAUCUUCAACAGCAUCAAAGAACUCACACAGGAGAGAAACCUUUUCAAUGCUCAGAGUGUGGAAAGAGAUUCAGCCGGAGUGGCCAUCUUCAAGAGCAUCAAAGAACUCACACAGGGGAGAAGCCUUUUGAAUGCUCUACAUGUGGGAAAAAAUUCAGUCAGAGUGGCCAUCUUCAAGAGCAUCAAAGAACUCACACAGGAGAGAAACCUUUUGACUGCUCAGAGUGUGGAAAAAGAUUCAGUCAGAGUGGCCAUCUUCAAGAGCAUCAAAGAACUCACACAGGAGAGAAACCAUUUGAAUGCUCAGAGUGUGGAAAGAGAUUCAGUCGGAAUGACUCUCUGCAGCUGCAUCUAAGAAACCACACAUUCAGCCGGAGUGGCCAUCUUCAACAGCAUCAAAGAACUCACACAGGAGAGAAACCUUUUCAAUGCUCAGAGUGUGGAAAGAGAUUCAGCCGGAGUGGCCAUCUUCAAGAGCAUCAAAGAACUCACACAGGAGAGAAAACUUUUGAAUGCUCAGAGUGUGGAAAGAGAUUCAGCCGGAGUGGCCAUCUUCAACAGCAUCAAAGAACUCACACAGGAGAGAAACCUUUUCAAUGCUCAGAGUGUGGAAAGAGAUUCAGCCGGAGUGGCCAUCUUCAAGAGCAUCAAAGAACUCACACAGGAGAGAAACCUUUUCAAUGCUCAGAGUGUGGAAAGAGAUUCAGCCGGAGUGGCCAUCUUCAAGAGCAUCAAAGAACUCACACAGGAGAGAAAACUUUUGAAUGCUCAGAGUGUGGAAAGAGAUUCAGCCGGAGUGGCCAUCUUCAACAGCAUCAAAGAACUCACACAGGAGAGAAACCUUUUCAAUGCUCAGAGUGUGGAAAGAGAUUCAGCCGGAGUGGCCAUCUUCAAGAGCAUCAAAGAACUCACACAGGGGAGAAGCCUUUUGAAUGCUCUACAUGUGGAAAAAAAUUCAGUCAGAGUGGCCAUCUUCAAGAGCAUCAAAGAACUCACACAGGGGAGAAGCCUUUUGACUGCUCAGAGUGUGGGAAGAGAUUCAGUAGCAAUGGCCAUCUUCAACGGCAUCAGCGAACCCACACAGGGGAGAAACCUUUUGAAUGCUCAGAGUGUGGAAAGAGAUUCAGUCAGAGUGGCAGUCUUCAGUAUCAUCAAAGAACUCACACAGGGGAGAAACCUUUUGACUGCUCAGAGUGUGGAAAAAGAUUCAGUCAGAGUGGCCACCUUCCAAUGGGAUUCAUUGGGAAGAGAGGUCUCAAUUUUGUGAAUUUGUAG